UUGGCAGCUGCCAUCUAAAAAGCAGACGCUGGUUUUCCAUAUGUAACAGGAAGUCCGCCGAGAUGCUCCUCUCCAGCGCCAUUACCUCCCAGCUUCUCCCUCACCACUGCCACUCCCACUCCUCCCAUGAAAAACCAUCUCUCCGAUCCCUCAGAAGCCACUCCGCUCUCCGCCCUGUCUCCCUCCCGCCGGAGCCCCCAAACGACUCCCUUUCCCCGCCCUCCGCCGCUGCGGUGGCCGCCGCCAUCCUCAAGGCUUCGCCGACGUCCCCAGUUGAGUUUGCGGAGAGGAUGGAGAAACCUGGGAAGAAUGGUAUCAUCACACCCAGCCCUGAUUUCCAGCGGCUCUGCAUUGAACAGCUCGAACUCUUCCGGGCAGUCGUGCAUCAUGAAGCUGUCCUUUCGGUUUUUGUGAGACCAGCUGGUAGUUUUAUUAUGAACCAGCUUGAACUACGCCGGGUCGCUUGCUAUCCUAGAUAUGAUAAAUCUAAAAAUGUGGACUGUGCCAUAUUAGUUGCUAAUUUUACCUUGCCAGCAGGUUUACGUUCUGCAGAAGCAGCUCUUUCAAAACUGCAGGUGGAAUAUAUUCCUGAAUAUGAAGCUUUGGUUCUUCCCAUGGUAAGAGAACCAUUUGUUGUGGGAUUUCUGGUUGCUGAGCUUUUGAGUGUUGGGCCAGAAACAAGAACAAAGACGGAAAAGGUUCAAGAAAACAUGGCAAUUGAUUUAUCACUGCCAAGUUUCAUUGACAAAGUUAGUGAGGCUCAAACUUCCAAGGAGGAUGUAAUGAACAACUGCAUUUGUUUGACAACCAAACAAAGAGCUGGAGCUAUCAUGAUUUCGCGUUCUUUGGCUAUGGCAUAUGUCAUGGAUCAGAGAGCGAUGCUGCUUCAACAAUCAUCAUGGCAAAAUAAUUUCCAGAUUAGCCAUCUUGUCGAGCAAAUCCGUGGUUCUCUCUCAAGCAUUAGGGCUUUGAGCAAAAUGCUGUCUAUGCAAGUAAAGAGAAGUGAGGUUGCGUAUGACAUUAUUGAAGACAUACUCCUUCAAGGUAACAAUAUGAAUGGCGCAUUACAACAACUUCAAGAUGUUGUCUUCCUCACAAAGGCUAAUGUUCUUUGGCAAAAUGAAGAAACAUUAAGAAGAAUGCAUGACUCAGUAGACGUUGUAGCAGAAUCGCCAAAGCCUCUUUUGUCUGACGAAAGGUCAAGAGAAACUCAAGAUUAUGGGCCUCAAAAUAUAGAUCCUUUGGCCCCCUUUGGCUCUGGGAAGGACAUAGAGAUGCCUAUGCCGCCCCUUCUGCUAGCACCUUCGCAACUGGACAUAGUUGGACCAUGUGAUGUCUCAUAUAUAUUGAGAGACUUGGUGGGAUCUGCAAGGCCUCUUGCAAAUUUGCAACAACGAUCUUUAGAACUAAGUGAGCUAUCCCAAGAAUUGCAUGCUGCUGUUGAAGAAUCUGGCUUGCGACAAGCAUUGAGUAAUUUAAUUGAAGGGGCUUUGCUGCGGACACAUGUUGGUGGUAAAGUUCAAGUGCUUACAGCCAGGGCACCAGCUGGUGGUGCAUUGAUCAUCAUUGAUGAUGAUGGACCUGACAUGCAUUACAUGACUCAGAUGCACCCUCUCACACCAUUUGGAGCCGAUCUUUUUUCUCAUGGCAUGGUUGGACAAUGUGACUUGGAAUUUCAUUUCCGGACUGACUGUUGCACGUGAAAUUUUGGAGAGCUACGGGUGUGUGAUCCGUGUUAUUUCACCAUGCAGACCUGAUGUGGCUCUUAGUGCUGGCGGGACUAGAAUUGAAAUUUGGUUGCCAUCUCUGCAGUCUGAAUUUGAUUCUGUUCAAGAAGAAUAGCAUAAU